UUUUGUGCCUCAAAUGGUUUAAUUGCAAACGCAACGUGCUCGUUUAUUGAUUUUUGACUCGACGUUGCAUACAACAUUUGAAAUCGUCUGCAGAAUGAGCGUAAAGUCGAGUGCAAGGAUUAAGAAACGACGCUCGGCGGAGGCAGCCGCCGCAACAGCAACAACAUCAUCGUCCGGUUGCUUUGCCGCCGUAAGCAAUCAGCGUUUGGGGAUUCCGACCAACAGUAGCAGCAGCAGCAGCAGUCACAACAACAACAACAACAAUAAUUCCGGCGGUAUAGGCAACAGCAGUGGAAGCAGCAGCAAUCCCAAUCCUAAUAGCAAUCAGAGUUUGAGCAAAAAGCACAACUUUGUGGGUCGCAAUCCCAACUUUGAUACGGAUGAGACGAAGCUGCUCAUUCAGCUGUGGGGUGAUCCGAAGCUGCAGCGUACGCUGAUAACGACACACAAGAAGCAUGCGGUCAUCUGUCAGCUGGCGGCCAAGAUGCAGGAGUACGGCUAUCAUCGCUCGCCGGAGGAGAUCACGACACGCAUCAAGAACCUGAAGUGCUUCUACAAUCGCCUCAAGAAGGACAAGGAGUGCGGACUGGCGGGCGAAACGGAGCCCAGCUGGAAGCAUUUCGCUGAAAUGGAUGCCAUCAUGACGCGUCCCAUAUUCAGUGUGCGUCCCAAUGAGGUGCCGGCUCCCUCGCUCAAAUAUCAACUGGAGCAGGCACUGGAGGAGCAUGCGGAGCGUCGCAAGCGGCGUCAGGAGAACGGCGAAGAGAUGUCCGACAGCGACAACGAGGAGGAUGACAUGCUGCUAUCUUCGCUGGUACCAAAUGCCGCCAAUGGCAAGUCCAAAACGGAUGCGACUGCUGAUGGCAAUGGUGACGUUCAAGUGGAUAUGGAUGCCAGCGAGGAGAACUUUGGAGAUAAACGGGCAGCGGCCAAGCGACGCAAACUGUCAUCCGAGCCAGAACUCGAUGUGGAUGAAACGGCUGCCACAGUGCCACACAUCAAGACUGAGCCAACAAACCAGCUGGAGCAGGAGCCAGUCACCCAAGUCGAGUCAGUCCCAGUCUCAAUCCCAACAGUAACAACAGUUGCAGCAGCAACAGUUGCUGCUACUUCAGUUGUUGCAGAUGUUGAGGAGGACGAUGACUGCAUGCUGUUGCCACUACCAAAAGAGGAGCCCAUCGAUGUGGAUGCCGUGGAUGAAGCGGACGCCCUUUCGCCCAACAGUGCCAGCAAUGGCAACGCAGCUGCCGCUCCGUCCGUGCGCUCUGUAAUGCCCACACUGGCGGACAUGUUGCAGCUGCCCAAGGCGACCAAUCUACUGCCGUACAGUGGGGCCAAUGUCAUCAUACCAGCCAAUAGCAUCAGCACCAGCAUUGCCCAGGUCAGCAGCACAAUGUCGACGAGCAGCACGGCGAGCAAUAAACUGACUCCAGGCAAGAUCUCACUGGUGCCCACCAAUUUCCUUAUGCAACCGAAGCAGGCAAACAAUGCGACAGGCGGCAAAGGAGUUGCUGUGGGCUCAGCAGCGGGAGCACAGCUGCAACUGCUGCAAAGCGCCAUCAAUCAGGGAGCACGCUUAAUGAUCAGCGGAGCGGCUUCAACGCCCGUGCAGGCGACAGCGAAUACGGGUCUGGUCACAGGUCCAGGUGGAGUCAAGUUUGUGCUGGUCAAUGCGGAACAGGCGGCAGCAGCUAAAGCAGCAGCAGCAGUUGGCAAAUCCAAUGUCAAUACGGUGCAACAGCAAUUGCAAUUGCAGCAGCAACAGCAACUGCAGCAACAACAGCAACUGCAGCAACAACAGCAGUCACAGCAGCAACAUCAACAACAGCAGCAACAUCAACAGCUGGAGAAGAAGGAGGAGAAGCGCAGGGCACAGGAAAAGGCGCGAGAGGAACAACUGUCCAAGCGUCACAUGACAACCAUGCGUAUUAUGUUGCGACAACUGCUCAAUGCCCAAAACGAAGCCAAUGAGAUUCAACACAAUCGUCUGUCUCUGGAACGUGAGCGUCUGGAUUGGGAAAAGUCGAUGGGCGAUCGAUUGCUAACACUGCUGCCGACAUUGCUGCAGCCAACGUCAGCGGCAGCAGCAACUGCUGCCGCCGUGCAGUCGACGGCACAGCAUCAGUCGCCGCAGUUUAUUGUGUCGGGCACGGCAGGAGGAUCGGCGGCACAGCGCUUGCAACCGCCCAAGCUGCUGUUUACCACAGCUUUGCCCAUGACAAAUGGCACGGUAUCGAUGCCACAUAUACUCAAUCCGAACAGCGCAAUGGCAACUUCGUUGCCCAAGGUCCUGGCAACACCCGCAUCCUCCUCCUCGUCGUCGGCCAAUGCCAGCGGGAUUGGAGGCGUUUUAACAAAGCCUGUGGAGAUUUGUACCCAAAACAAUGAUGUUCAGCUUGUUACGCCGAAGCUGGAGAAGGAGGGCUAAAAAGUGUUACAUUUUUAGGUUUUAAAUCCAGUAUUUUUCAGUGAUCUCUUUAAGAUAAUACUCGAAUAAACAAACUACUCAUUUUAAUGUUUAUUCCUAA